AUGCUCGUGCUGCUGAGCAUCCUCCUAGCAGCUGAUGCCCUGAACGCAGGAAACACCAGCGAGUCCGUGGUGAGGCGAGCAGAACCUCAUGCGGCAAGAGUGCUGAGCGCUGCUGUCCUGUCACAGGGAGCAAUCCAGCUCGACGCAUCCAAUGAAGGCUUGGCCAAGGGACGUGUGGAGAAGCUUGGGGUGACUGACCCUGCCUUCAUCAAGAGCGCCGGCAAGUGGAAGGUGCACUACAGCGGAUGGCCGACGCAUCACGAGUUGAUGGAGGUGGAGAUCUACUGCAACGGGAAAUUCAGGAUUUGGAAUGGGCAUAUGCACCAGAUGGUCACCUCGGGCUCUGAGAUGCAGGCGCUCUGCAAAGGCAAGAUGAAGAGUCGUGUCCAGUGGCUGACCAAACCUUGGGCGGGGAAUACGGAGAAGUGGGAGUGCGGAUGGUACGAUGAGAAGGAAGACAAGAUAGAUAUGUACAAUUAUUGGAAAGGUCAUGGCAACACUGGGGAGGGCCACAGUCUUGAAGACGGGUAUUGGGGAAAGGUGGACCGAGCAGAGCGCGUCUCUUUUGUGAACUGCCCCACAGAGAGUUCAGCCACGCAGCUGGCAUCGGAUGGGGAGAAGGAGGAGGAGAAGUCUGAGGAGAAGUCGGAGGAGAAGUCGGAGGAGAAGUCGGAGAAGUCGAACGCGGUGCACUGCAGUUGGCUGGCGGACCCUUGUACUGCGAUCCUCUCGGCCAUUUGGCAUCCCGCCGUUGGUGGCGCCGGGCUCAAGCCGAUGCAAAUGGACAUGGACUUCGCGGAGUUUCACUGUGGGGACGCCUUUGUUGAAGACACAGCUCCGCCAGCUCUGCCAGAGCCAGGCAGCGAGGUCUCGCAGACAGCAGAUGCGCUCUUUGGGGAGGACGACCUGGAGGCCCGUCUGGCGCAGCUGAGCCGGGGCUGGAUGGAGGAGGAGGAGGAGGAGAGCCCCAACAACUCCGAGGCUCCACAGGCCCAGGAUCAGUCGGGCUGGCAGUUGCCGGAGAGCGACGUCCAAGAGCUCGCGCGGUACCUGCAGACCACCGCCUUGCCCAUGGUCUCUUCCCACGAGCAGGCG